AUGUACCCUUCAUUAAUCCUACUUGCAAGUUCAAACACGAUUUACGUGCUUUGUGUGUGCAUCGCGUUGGCCAUCAUCAUGCUGCUUACGGAAAUUAACACGAAAAAAGUGCGAAAAUUAAUGGAUUCGAUAACGACGGAAAGUUUAGUGACAAUGAAAACCGAAAUUGCGACGAAAAACAAAGCGCCAGGCCCAAAACCCCUGCCAAUUAUUGGUAAUUUAGCUGUUCUCGAUGGUUAUGAGGUGCCGUAUCAAGCAUUCACUGACUUGGCUCAAAAAUACGGAAAUAUCGUGACACUCAAGUUGGGAACGGUACCUGCCUUGGUUGUAAAUGGUCUUGAAAACAUCAAGGAAGUGUUGAUACACAAAGGGCAAUAUUUCGAUGGUCGACCCAAUUUUCGACGUUAUCAUCAGCUGUUCUGCGGAAAUAAGGAAAAUUCUCUUGCCUUCUGUGAUUGGAGUGACAUGCAAAAGAUGCGACGUGAAAUGCUCGUUCCUCAUACCUUCCCUCGCAAUUUUUCGAUGCGUCAUUCACAAUUGAACGAAAUUGUCACGGAUCACAUGUCGACGAUGAUGUCAGAAUUCAGCACGAAGGAAACUUUGGAUAUCAAACCCAUCAUUUUGCAAACUUGCGCAAACAUUUUCAUGAAAUAUUUCACCAACAAGUCGUUCGAUGCGGAAGAUGCGCAUUUUCAAAAGCUCAUUUCGAAUUUCGACAAAAUCUUUUUCGAAGUAAAUCAAGGAUAUGCCGCCGAUUUUUUGCCUUUUCUUCAACCUUUGCAUCGUAACAACAUGAAACGCAUGGCGCAAUGGUCCGAGGAGAUUCGUGAAGUUAUUCUAAAAUGCAUCGUCGAAGAUCGCUUCGAAAACUGGAAUCAAGGCGAUGAAGCACAAGAUUAUUUGGAGUCCUUGAUCGAUUAUGUCAAAUCCGAUUCGUUGCCAAAACUCGAAUGGGAUACAGCUCUCUUUGCUUUGGAAGAUAUCGUUGGAGGACAUGCUGCUGUUGGUAAUUUCUUGAUAAAAGUUUUCGGUUAUGUAGCUGUUCGUCCCGAUAUUCAAGCCAAAAUUCAACAAGAAAUCGAAGAAACUCUCACGAAAUUCGAAAGACCCUCAAAUGCUGUUGAAAUCAACGACAGAAAUCGCAUGCCAUACACCGAAGCUGUCAUCAUGGAAGCAUUACGGAUGAUUUCCUCGCCAAUUGUUCCGCACGUUUCCAAUCAAGAUACAACAAUUGCCGGAUAUGAUGUGCCCAAAGACACAUUGAUCUUCCUCAAUAACUACGAUUUGAACAUGAAUCCCAAAUUAUGGACAAAUCCCGAGAGUUUCGAGCCACAAAGAUUCAUAAAUGCCAACGGAGGCAUUUCCAAACCUGAUCAUUUUAUGCCAUUCGGAAGCGGAAGACGCUCCUGCAUGGGUUACAAAAUCUGUCAAAUGCUCGCUUUCACGUUGCUCGCCAACACGAUAAACAACUUUGACAUUGUCCCGCUCGAAAAUGAAAAUUACAAAGUACAAUGCGGCUCAUUAGCGAUGCCCGAGGAAACGUAUCGAUUACGCUUCGUGCCGAGACAUUGA